CUCUUGACUAACACAUGUGUCCUAAAGCAGCUCCGAAUUUAUUGUUUAUUUAAAUUAUUUAUAAAAAAUGCCACCUAAGAAAGAUGCCAAGGGCGGUAAAGAUGCGGGAAAAGGAGGCAAAAAGCCCGCCGCGGAAGACAAAUCUGCCGGCAAGGAGAAAAAGGGAGGCAACGCAGUGAAAGUGCGCCACAUCCUGUGCGAGAAGCAGGGCAAGAUUACCGAAGCAAUGGAGAAGCUGAAGGCCGGCCAGAAGUUUCCGGAAGUUGCUGCCGCCUACAGCGAGGACAAGGCUCGACAGGGAGGCGAUCUCGGCUGGCAGAUUCGUGGGGCUAUGGUUGGCCCGUUCCAGGAUGCAGCUUUCGCCCUGCCCAUCUCUACCGUCAACAACCCCGUGUAUACAGACCCUCCGAUCAAGACUAAGUUUGGCUACCACAUCAUAAUGGUGGAAGGAAAGAAAUAGAUCUGAUUUUAUAAACCAA